CCGGCCUCCUUGCUGCAAAGACUACAGCGGUGAUGGCGGGCAAGCAGCCUGGCUGGAGCCGAGUGGCUCUUCUCCAGCUGCUCUUUGGCAUGAACCUGCUGGUGCUGCCGCACACCCAGGCCCGGAGCCUGCGCUUUGUUACCCUGCUGUACAGACAUGGAGACCGUUCUCCAGUGAAGACUUACCCUAAGGACCCCUAUCAGGAGGACAAAUGGCCCCAGGGGUUUGGUCAGCUAACCAAGGAAGGGAUGCUCCAGCACUGGGAGCUGGGCCAGGCUCUGAGGCAGCGCUACCAGGGCUUUCUCAACGCCUCUUACCAACGGCAGGAGGUAUAUGUGCGCAGCACCGACUUUGACCGCACGCUCAUGAGCGCGGAGGCCAACCUGGCCGGGCUCUUCCCUCCCCACGGGAUGCAGCGCUUCAACCCCAACAUCUCCUGGCAGCCCAUCCCUGUGCACACCGUGCCCAUCGCCGAGGACAGGCUGCUGAAGUUCCCCCUGGGGCCCUGUCCCCGCUACGAGCAGCUGCAGAACGAGACCCGUCAGACGCCUGAGUACCAGAACCUGAGUCUGCAGAAUGCGCAAUUCCUGGAGAUGGUGGCCAAUGAGACCGGCCUCGCGGACCUGACCCUGGAGACCAUCUGGAAUGUUUACGACACGCUGUUCUGUGAGCAAACACACAAGCUGGUCCUGCCACCCUGGGCCACGCCGCAAACCAUGCAACGUCUGAGCCAGCUCAAGGAUUUCAGCUUCCGAUUCCUCUUUGGCAUCUACGAGCAGGCAGAGAAGGCUCGGCUUCAGGGCGGAGUCCUCCUGGCUCAGAUCCGCAAGAACCUGACGCUGAUGGCCAGCUCCUCCCAGCUCCCGAAGCUGCUGGUUUACUCCGCACACGACACCACCCUGGUCGCCUUGCACAUGGCCUUGGACGUCUACAACGGCCGACAGGCCCCCUACGCCUCCUGUCACAUAUUCGAGCUGUACCAGGAGGAUGAUGGGAACUUCUCCGUGGAAAUGUACUUCCGGAAUGAAAGUGCCAAGGCCCCGUGGCCGCUGCUGCUGCCCGGCUGUCCUCACCGCUGCCCACUGCAGGACUUCCUGCGCCUCACCGAGCCUGUAGUGCCCAAGGACUGGCGGCGUGAGUGCCAGCUGGCGAGCGGGCCGACAGACACAGAGGUGAUUGUGGCCUUGGCUGUGUGUGGCUCCAUCCUCUUCCUCCUCAUCGUGCUGCUGCUCACCGUCCUCUUCCGGAUGCAGGCCCAGCCUCCUGGCUACCGCUACGUGGCAGAUGGGGAGGACCACGCCUGACAACCGCUCAGCCCUCUUCCCUCGGCCUCCUAGGGGAGGUGGGCUGCUUCCCGGCCCAUGGACAGGAGACCCCCGAGAGGGCCUCCCUCUGACCACCUUCACAACUUGUGGGACUCGGCUGAGCUCACGGCGCCUGUCACACCGCUCCCACGUGCUGGCUAUGCACCAAGUACUGUGUGGCACCUGGGCUUUCCCCGGACAGGCUUUGCUGCCUCCAAGCUCCCUAAAGACUGGGAAGUUAGACAUGUUCUCACAUUUCUCCCUUGACCUGGGAUCAGAUGCAGAAGGAACUGGAGCAUCCUCUGUCUCGCCUCUCCACCGAGCCCUGUUCCCUUCAAUUCCAGCCCUGGGUCUGGCAAACGGCUCCAAGGACACGUACCUCUUAGGACUGAUGUUAGUGGGGAAAGUCGCAUGUUGGUGGGGCCACAAACAUGGCCACCAAGGAACUGGAUUACCCAGCCACCAGCAGGCUGAGUUCUCUGCUGAUUGGAGCCCCUGUAUCAAGUCGGCCUGGAAGCUCCUGGCUCGGUGG